CUUUGACCUUUGUCCACCAAAUUCAGUGGUCAUUAUUUUCAUUGUUGUAGCUGGUGAUGGCUGCAGGACAGGCCUGGCGGAGCAUUUCAAAUCCAGUGUUUUUGAGUACACAAGCACCGUGCAUUUAUUACAAAGACAGCGUGACAAAAAUGUGUUAGUGCACUGUGAAUGUAACCAACUUUUUAAAAUCAUCCAGCGUCAGGUCUUCUAGUGCCCAAGAGGGAUGCUGUGAUAGGAAGUGACUGCAUUAGUAAAUCAAAUGUAUGUGGGAUACUAUCAUGUUGUGUUUGAGCAGAAAGGCAUACUUCCUCACCACAGCAUAAGUAAUCUACCACUAGUGUUGAACCUUUUUUUACAGAAUCUAUUGUUAAUGCUCAAAGAUGUUUUCUCAUAUAUUGAUGAGAUGGGCUGGUAAGUGUGGGCCACUUUGCUGCAGAUGUAGAUCUAUAUUUUAGCCAUAUUUUUUCUGGUCAUCGUCACCCUCCGCAGACUUUAGCACCUUGUGCACAUCCCUGUAUGUGUGUGUGUGUGUGUCAUGUGCCUAACUUAGCAAUAAAAUGGAUUUGCUCUCUUCGACCGUCCUACUGUAUAUUCCUACUCACCGCCGGCUAUUAUGUUAAGUUGAUCCUAUGACAUAAGCUGGAAGGAGGAGUUUGAAAUGAGAAGUGAAGCUUAUCACAUGACUGAAGAGGCUGCAGGCAGGUAUUUAACUGUUGGCCGGGAUCAGAGCUUUCCAACAUCGCUCAAAACUGCACCCCAGAUCCACCUUUGUUAGCAUUAAUAAGCAGUAAUCGCUACUUUAGUCACAGCUGGCGAGUUGUUUAUGAUCAGCAGUUUAUAGGCUACCUGCUGGGAGGGGCGAGUCAGGUAAACUAACACGGUGUUGAGAAAGCGGAUCCACAAGUAAAACAACUUUUGCUCUUCCCUCCAGUUGCUAAGUGUUACAAAAACCUGAGACUUCAGUGGGAAGAACAUGAUUUCUCAGGAUGAAUUCUCUGAAGAGUGGAUGGAUGGCGUUGGGGAGGAUGGAGGCAAUGGUUGGUCUCCACCAAGAAAAGAGAGAACCAGUUUGGGGGAAUACAGCCAGCUGUCUCUGGGAGACAGCAGCGACACCUCGGAGCCUUCAGCCCUGGACACGGCACAGCUCCUCCAACUGAUGGAGACCAAGUUGUACAAGCGGCGAUGGCUCAUGCUAUUCAUCUACAGCGCUUCCUCCAUGAGCAACACCUUGAUGUGGCUGCAGUACGGCAUCAUCAGCAACAUCUUCCUACGCUUCUACAGCAUCAGCAACCUGGCCAUUGACUGGCUCUCCAUGCUCUUCCUCCUCACCUACAUCCCCCUCUUCCUGCCUGUCACGUGGGUGCUCAACAACCGGGGCGUCAGGGAGGUCGUGGUGGUGGCAGCAGCCUUCAACUGCAUAGGGGCCUGGAUCAAGACGGGCACGGCCAACCCCAACAUGUUUGCUAUGACCUUCUUCGGCCAGUUUGUGUGUUCGGUGGGCACUAUUUAUAUGGGCAUCCCGUCCAGACUUGCAUCCUUGUGGUUUGGGGAGAAGGAGGUCUCCACCGCCUGUUCCAUUGCUGUUCUUGGAACCCAGUUGGGUGUUGCCAUUGGGUUCCUGCUCCCACCCAUCCUUGUGCCUAAUGUGGACGAUGUGGAGGAGCUGGCGUACCACAUCAGAAUCAUGUUCUACAUCAGCGCAGGAGUGGCCACCUUCAUCUUUAUCCUCGUGGUCAUUGUCUUUCAGGAAAAGCCAGAGAUCCCUCCAACUCAGGCCCAGGCUCAGGCCAGGAACAUCCUCCCCGGCGAUUACUCGUACAUGGCUUCUAUCUCGAACCUCCUGCGCAACAAGCCCUUCAUGCUCCUGAUGGUCAGCUAUGGGCUGAAUGUUGGCAGCUUCUAUUCUAUUUCCACACUGUUGAAUCGGAUGAUCAUUGAACACUACCCUGGUGAAGAGGUGAAUGCUGGGAGAAUUGGUCUGACUAUUGUUGUUGCUGGCAUGGCAGGUUCCCUCAUAUGUGGCAUUUGGCUGGACAGGACCAAAACAUACAAACAAACCACCUUGGCCGUUUACCUCUUCUCUCUGAUUGGGAUGCUGGUCUACACUUUCACCCUCAAUCUGGGUCACCUGUGGGUGGUGUUUGUCACUGCUGGAGCUUUAGGCUUCUUCAUGACAGGAUAUCUACCUCUGGGCUUUGAGUUCGCAGUAGAGCUCACCUAUCCGGAAUCAGAGGGAACCUCAUCUGGACUGCUUAACUGUUCAGCUCAGAUCUUUGGAAUCAUUUUCACCAUCUCCCAAGGGAAGAUUAUUGAUAGAUGGGGCACUUUUGCAGGAAACAUCUUCCUGUGCAUCUUCCUGCUAAUAGGAACAGCACUGACAGGUCUUAUCAAGUCGGACCUCCGACGACAGAAGGUCAACCUUCAAAACACCGAGGUGCAGUCAGUGAGUCCAACAGGCUCCGUGUCAUCGGUGCAGGACUACGGGGCCACAGCACGCAAGGCCCACUGGCAACGGCAGUAUUGCCAAAAAUCUACAAUCUCACUAAAACCAAAACACACACCUGCCAAGAAAGCGACGGCUGAUCCAGACGCAUUAACAUGCACACAUGGCCACGGAGAGAAAAAGGCUGCUAUGAAGUGUGAGCACAAGGAGAGUGAAUCCUACUGAGCAGCCCUCUGUGAGACCCUUUCAGCAGGCCUGCUGUUCAUCUCAUACACCGUAUCGUUGAUUCACACUAACAUCCCAAGUGCAACUUAGCUCAUCCUAAACAAAGCACAAGUUAAUCAUGCACAAGGAACCUUAGUGGUUCUCACACCCUUAGACAAAGUCAUCUUCGUAAACAUUAAUUUUAUCCAAUGUAUUUUACAUGUCCUGUUAGUGCAAUGCAACAGCCACUUUAGCGACGUCAACAUUACUACACUCUUUAACUGAAUUGUGUCCUGAGCUUUUAUACCGUCCCCCUCUGUUCUGUGCAUCUAAUGAGCAAUAUUUAAAUUGUGAGUGUUUCCUAAUAUUGUGUGUAACUGUUGUGUUCUCCCCUUAUGACCAUCAGCUCAACAAGUCAUAUCAUCUCUGCCAGCCCUUCAGGAUCAUGUGGAAGUUUUACUUUUGUAUACUGCUGAUUAUGAAAUAUAAUGGAUGCUGUGUAUCUGAGUAAACUUUGGAAGGUCAGUUUCGUCCAAAAACAUUUGGUCAUAAAUAUCUGGAUAUACAUGCGAGAGCAUCUGGAACAAGUGUUUUUAUGUGUAAUGCUACUUAGCUUGUAAAAGUGUUACUGAGAAAUGUAGUCCAUGCUGUGUAACCGGUGUAGUUUGUCAUUAACAUGUUUUACUUGAUGUGUUGGGGCAAGUCGUCUCGUGGUUUUCCUAUUUUAUAAUGAAUGUUGUGUAUGUGAUUCUAUUUUCACUGUAUGCACAGUGUAGUGUUUUCUGUGACUCAAAGAAAAUGAAGUAAAAUAAAUAAUUGGAUUAAAAAAAACAUGAAUCAGAGGACUAAAUAGAGUUUGUUGUGUUCCGUACCUAAUUGGAUAACGUCAAGAAAAAGGGUUUGGAUGUAUUAAGUAGAGCAUGGGAAUUUCUAUUUCUUUGGAAUUAAAAAAUAAAAAACACACAUAGCAAUGUGCUCAUGUUUUAUGCAUUUGGUUCUUCAAACAAAGAGCUAAAACGCCACAUUUAGCAGAAAAUAACCUCCCGCUUCAACCCAAAUAUGAGAUCAGAGCAGCACAAAAUAUUAAAUGUUU